AUGACAUUUUUAGAAAUCAUCAAUAAAGUUGAUUCUUUUGUAUUAGACUCAUCUUUUUAUGAUUUGAAAAGUCAUGAUGGUAUUGCUAGAUUAGGUUAUAUUAAUCCUGAUAUUGCUCAAUUUUUUAAAUUUGAAUCAUCAUUUAUUAUUAAUGAAAAUUCAAUACAAAUUAAACCAGAAUUUGAUACAAUUGAAAAGAGAAAUGAGUUAUUUAAUCAACUAGGGUUAAAAUGGAAAGAAUUACCAGAAUUUGAUGAGUUGCUUAAGAAAGGUUGGAGAAAUGAGUUAUAUGUUGUUUAUAACCCUUCAACAGAGCCUUACGUUUUAAUUGAAAGAGCUUUAUCGGUGUUACUUGGUGUUAUAACUUAUGGAGUUCAUAUAAAUGGAUAUGUGCCACCCGAAACUACAUCAAAUAAUAAAUUAAAAAUGUGGAUACCGAAAAGAUCAAUGACAAAACCAACGUAUCCUGGAAUGUUAGAUAAUACUGUUGCUGGUGGUUUAGGUUAUCCUCAUGGAUUGCAUGAAACAGUUAUUAAAGAAUGUUUUGAAGAAGCUGGUUUAAAAGAAGACUUUGUAUUGAACAACUCUAAAAGUUGUGGUGUUGUAUCGUAUUUUUAUAAAACUGAAGAUAAUAGAUUUCAACCAGAAGUUGAAUAUAUUUACGAUAUAAAAUUUGACGAUGAAACUAAUAUAAUACAACCUCAAGAUGGUGAAGCUGAAGAUUUUCAAUUACUUGAAAUUGAUGAAAUAUUACAAUUGUUAAAACAACAUAAAUUUAAACCAAAUUGUGGUUUGGUGAUUAUAGAUUUUUUAAUUAGACAUGGUUAUAUUACUCCAGAAAAUGAACCAAAUUAUUUGGAAAUAGUAUCUAGAUGUCAUAGAGUAAUACCAUUUCCAACGAGGUAA